ACUUAGCUUUUGUCCAAUUCUCAUCUGGAUAUUUUUCUUUCAACUCUUUCAAAAUAUAGUCAUAAGCUCGAGGAGUGAAUGUACCUCCAACACGAUUUCCUUUUCUUUGUUGUUCCAAAUGAGCAUCGAUAAGAAACUCAUCCAUGUCUUCAGUCCAGUGUUGAACUACUAAUCUUUUCAUCCUUGAAAUCCCAAGUUCAAAAAAAUCAAGGAAUAAUCCAUGAAUUCCCAUACAUUCUUGACAUGAAUGUUCUGCAACACUUCCAUAUUCCCCCUCCAUUAUUCAAAAAACCCAACGUUUUCUUUUCCAUCAUACCUCGCUCUCUAUUCUUCACCGAUUCAAUCGGAGAGAAGCCGCCAUUUCUUCCCCUUCCAUCGCCUGCAAAGCUCGCUUCUUUCAUCGACAACUGUUUGGACGCAGAUUCGUUGAAGAAGCUACACGCCUGCAUUCUAACACGCGGCUUCGAUCAAGAUUCGUGUCUGGGCUCAAAGCUUCUCAGUGGCUACGCAAAGCUCGACCUUUUGCCCGAUUCCAGAUGGGUAUUUCGAAGAAUCAUCGAAAUCGAUCGGACUUUUGUUUGGAAUCCGGUUUUCGUUGGGUAUUUCCGAGCUUCUCAGUACAGAGAAGUCCUGGGGUUGUAUUUGGAAUUGAAGAGAAGGAAGCUCGACAUAUAUGGGUCGGCAGUGAUUUUUACCCUGAAGAGCUGCGACGUGUUGGGUGAUUUGAAAUUUGGGAGAUCGGUUCAUCUGGAUGUUGUGAAGCUCGGGCUAAACACGGAUAAAAACAUAGGGUCGUCCUUUGUCAAAUUGUAUUCUGAGAAUGGUGCUGUUGAGGAUGCAGCAAAGGUGUUCGACGAAAUAACUGAAAGAGAUGUGGUUGUUUAUACAGUGAUGAUCACGGGCUACACUCAAUUCGGUUAUCGGUAUGCCUGUGAGGCUUUUAGAAUUGCGCGGGAGAUGCAGAGGGAAAACAUCGAACCGAACAGGGUCACUUUGAUUAGCUUACUUCAAGCAGCAUCUUCUUUGGGAGCAGUGGAGGAGGGAAAUGCAAUCCAUGGUUAUGCUCUCAGAAGAGGGAUCGGCUGCACGGACGAUGUUUUUGUGACAACUCUAAUGGACAUGUAUAUAAAAUGUGAAGUCCCGGAAAGGGCCAUUGCCAUCUUUGUGAAUAUUCCUGAAAAGAGUAUUGGUUCUUGGAAUGCAUCCGCCACUGCUCAUCUUAGGUUAGGGCAGUCUCUGGAGGCUUUGGGACUAUUUGUUCAAAUAAUGACAGAGGAAAAGCACAAGCCUGAUCAGAUCACAAUAUCAAAUGCACUAUCAAGCUGCGCUAAUCUCCGGUACUUGUUUGAGGGAAAGAGCAUCCACGCUUACAUACUCCGAUCCGGUUUUGUUCUUGAUCUCAUCACUACUACAACUCUAAUUGAUAUGUACUUGAAAUGCAACUCUCUGGUCCACGCUGAAAUGGUAUUUGACAAAACGGAUCACAAGGAUGUGAUCCUUUUCAAUGUGAUGAUAACCGGUUAUAUUCAAAAUGGUCUUCCCAAACAAGCCGGGAGCUUGUUCUAUGAAAUGCUAGGGAUGGGGUUCAAACCAAACACAAGUACUAUAAUCAGUGUACUAUCUGCGAUUUCUGAUAUGAAAGAUGUAAGACAAGGAAACAUUAUCCAUGGCUUCCUCCUCAAAACCGGGCUUGAAUCCACCACUGACAUAUCUAACCAACUCAUUGAGGUGUAUUCAAGGUGUGGUCUCAUGGAAUCCGCGAGUCAAGUGUUUGGAGGGAUUGAAUGCAAGGACAUUAGAGAGAAGAUCGAUCCAGAUUCUGUAACAUUCGUUGCUCUGCUUCAGGCAAUUGCUCAGGUUGGAUGUUUAAGCUUUGCAAGAGAGACACACGCGCGUGCCCAUCGGCUGCUAAAUGUACAAGAGGACACAUCUGUCGUUAACUCUAUGAUCACAGCAUACAGCAGAUGUGGUGAUUUAAGUGCAGCUAGGUCUCUGUUUGGUAGAAUGCCCGGAAGGAAUUUGGCUUCAUGGAACACAAUCAUAUCUGCAUAUGGAGCACACGGGGAUUGUGUUCAGGCACUGGAGUUAUUCAACCAAAUGAGAGUGGAAAAGGUGGGGCCUGAUCACUACACGUUCACUUCUUUACUAUCAGCCUGCAGCCAUGCAGGGCUUUUACCAGAGGGUUUGUCUGUUUUCAAAACAAUGACUGAAGAACACAGAUUAGUCCCAUCUGAUGAGCAUUUUGGAUGUGUCGUUGACUUGCUAAGCCGAGGAGGGAUGCUCGAGGAAGCAUUUCAUCUUCUGAACUGUGUGCUGUUGAGAGAAAACAGUUCUGCCUUAGGGACAUUCAUUGCUUCUUGCUUGGCUAAUGGGAACGCGAAAAUGGGAGAACGGGUAGGGAGACGGUUGUUGAGUAUAGAACCUGGGAGUGCAAGCGCUUAUGGUUUGGUGUCCAAUUUGUAUGCUGGACAAGCGAAAUGGGAAGAAGUGGCCCAAAUGGGAACAAUGACAAGGGAGAAGGGGUUGAGAAGAGUUUCUGGGCGUAGCUUCGUAGAGAACAUAGUUUUAUGAGGAACUCAAAUCGAUUAACUUUCCAUUCAUUCGCCAAAUAUACAAACUUCAAAACAACACCAAACUGCCUACUCUAACAUAUAAGUUUUAACUUAUGAAUUAAUAAAACAGUUGACUUGAU